UCCUCCUUCUCUCUUCGUGGCGCAUCCUUCUCCUCUCUUUCCUCGGAGGAUCCGUAGAGGCGUUCUAGUUCGGACUACAGCGGUUUUAAGAGAUGGAUCAUUUCCGGAGUGUUGAGCAGAACGCCUUUGUCGCCGCCUUUGAGGAGAUGAGGGGCUUCGUCUCCGUCCCUGACCGGAGGGAGCCGGUUGUUUGUCCCAAGCCUCGACGGCUUGGGGUUUUGUCUAACAACCCUUUGAGGUCUCAGAUAAGCCAUCGAUCUGAGAUUUGCAAAUCGAAAGCUGCGGCAGAGCUUCUGGACCUCAUCCUUAAGAAGGAGGAUUAUGAGUUGGAGCUGCAAUCCCCGCUGCCGGUCGCUUCGACGCCCCCAUUUUUUGCUGGAUCUCCACCAAGAAGGGCUGAGAACCCUUUAGUACAGGAUGCCCACUUUAGGGAUGAAAAGAUUACUCCAAUUAUGGCGUUGCCAGCUAUGUCGCCAUCAGGUUUACCAUCUCCAUCAGCUUCUGCACGCAAAGGGUGCGUGAGGAUGAAGUUUGGGGUCAAACCUGCAGCUGUUAGAGUAGAAGGUUUUGACUGCCUUAACAGGGAUAGCAAAAAUUCUAGCAUUCCUGCUGUUGCAUAAAAUCUCCACCGAAGAAACUGUACAUAGGAAGGAGCUUAAUGCAGGGCAUACUUCACAUAGUCAAGCAGACAAGCGAGAGUUUCGAAAUAUUUUGGAAGAAGAGAAUUCGAGUACCGUUUAGGGUUGUAAAUACCAUCUGUUCUAGUCAGCAGUUUGCAUUUUAGUGUCAGUGUAAGUAGGUUGAUUGAACGAGAGGAGAGCCACCAAGUGUCUGUUCUUGCAGCGGGUGCUGAAUUAGUGAGAGAGUUAUUAUGUAAUAUAGGGAGGAUUGCCAAGAGAAAUGAUUUCUUAGUAGAAAUCAUCCAUUUGAUGUUUUGUACAGUCCAUCAUUUUGGGUCACAUGUAAAGUUGUGGAUAUUUUCUGAUCGAUCUUGCCUUA